UGAUUUCAAGCCACGAAAUUUGAUAAGAUAAGUAUAAUUAGCAAGAUGAGAAUCUAUGUGGCCAUCAUUUAUCGGUAAAGUUCGAAUGCCUCAUGAUUACAACUGUUAUUCUACUGAAUUGAAGGUUUACAUAACUAGGGCCGGUGAUUUGGCUGAGUGGAUGGGCCGUUGGGGCUACUGAAUUUGGAUGCUCAUAAAAAAAAAUCACGCAGGCAGGUUUAUUAUCCCGUCAAGGUUACUACGCUGCUGCAAGCCUGCAACGGCUAAUUUGAAUGAAGAACUUGGUCAGGUUGAU